AUGAAGCGUCUGGGGGCCGUGCAGCGGAAAGUGCAGUGUGCGUUUGUGACAGAGGUGAAGGAGGAGCCCUCCGCCAAACGGGAGCAUCGUCAGCCAUACGUUUGGACUCGGCUGGAUAGGAAACCUAACCAACUAGCUGAGAAAAGAUUUAAAAAUUUUCUCCAUUCAAAACAGAACUCAAACGAAUUUUUUUGGAAUGUUGAAGAGGACUUCAAACCUGUUUCAGACUGUUGGAUAUCAGCAAAGGAAAUAGAACAUUUAAAUGGAAACCCAGUGCCUGAUGAAAAUGGACACAUUCCAGGUUGGGUGCCAGUAGAGAAAAGCAACAAACAGUAUUGUUGGCAUUCCUCUGUAGUUAAUUAUGAAUGUGAAAUUGCCUUGGUACCGAAGCUUCAUCCUGAUGAUCCUGGUCUUUUGGAAAUUAGUGCAGUGCCACUAUCAGAUCUCCUAGAACAAACACUGGAGCUAAUAGGAACAAAUAUUAAUGGAAAUCCAUAUUGGUUAGGAACCAAGAAGUGUCCAUUACAUCUUCUUAUACCACAUGGAGCAUUUCAAAUAAGAAAUCUACCUACCUUGAGACACAGUGAUAUAUUGUCCUGGUUUGAAGGCUGCAGAGAGGAUAAAAUUGAAGGAAUAGUAUGGCACUGCAAUGAUGGCUGCUUAAUUAAGGUCCAUCGCCAUCAUCUUGGUUUAUGCUGGCCAAUUCCAGACCCUUAUAUGAAUUCAAAGCCAGUUAUUAUUAACAUGAACCUGAACAAACAUGACUAUGCCUUUGAUACGAAAAGAAAAAAAAGUUCAGUAGUCUGGGACCUGCCUCAACCCCUGGCCUUCCACCUGGGGGAACCCAAUGUGAACAGUGGGCACUAUCAGCAGAAGAACCUGGCCCCAGGGAGAUCCCAGGGUGUGAGGAAGGCGAUGAAGAGCCUGCGGAGCAUAUUCGUGUGGUGGUGA